AUGGAUUCCUCAACACUUGCAAUUCUGAGGCAUGAUUCAGAUUUUGCAGACAAGAUCGGAUCCUCCAAUAAGGACACAAUGUACAGAAUGUUGGAUCUUGAAUCGGGCACGACUCAUGAGUUGAACAAACCGGUUCCUGGGAUGUGGCGGUUUCCGACAAAUCCUGAUCUUUGCUGUAUCUACAGAGUCCCAGGCUCUCUGCGUGAAGUAAGCCCUAAAGCGUACACUCCUCAGUUGAUACUCAUUGGACCACUUCACCGCUCUUUAAGAUCACAAGCUCUCAAGUCUCGUGGAGAUAUCACAAAGGCAAAGUCAUUGGGCUACUUAAACACGGAGGCUCACAAGAAGAUUUACCUAGCGGAAUUCGCAAAAAGGGUUGAAGGGAACAAAGUCAUUGAAGGGUUUCGAAGAAAAAUCGAGGAAGACGAAGAUAUGAUCAGAGCUAGCUACUCGGAAUCAACGGCUUGGAUUGAAUCUCCGGAGUUCGUGGAGAUGAUCCUGCACGACUCUGUUUUCAUAGUAGAGCUCAUGUUGAGGUUUAACCUAAUAAGAGGAAGAGAGAAAACAGGGGAUCCUCUCAUGGACGAGCCUUGUCUUGAAAACACAAUCAAGAGAGAUCUCAUCUUGCUAGAGAACCAACUUCCUUACUUCAUCCUCGAGAAACUCUUUGAUCCAAUCGUCAAAACACUCCACCCGAGCGAGUCACUCCGUACACUUGUUAUCAGCUACUUUGAACUGGAGAAUAAGAAGAAGAUCAGCGAGAAGACAAAGUUCAGACAUUUCACUGAUCUCUUCAGGUGUGUUCGCGUGGAUACACUUCCGGAGGAUUAUGUAGUGGAUUUCAAACCCAUUGAAGUUAUGCAUAACGCGGUUAAGCUAGACAGCAGGGGAGUGAAAUUCGAGGCUGUAGAUGAAGAGUUUUCGGUCGCGGUCAGAUUCGACGCUAAAACAGGUUGUUUGAAGAUACCUUGUUUCAAAGCUGAUGACGAUAUUGAGAUAACACUUCGAAACGUAAUGGCCUUUGAGCAAUCGCAUCACCCUUACAAUGCCUACGUUUCUGACUACGUCACCUUCUUGGAUUUCCUUAUCGACACCGAGAAAGACGUAGACUUUCUUGUUGAGAAAGGGAUAAUAAAGAAUUGGCUUGGACACCACGGUACAGUGUCUAAGUUGGUGAACAAGCUGUGUUUGGAAGUCAUGGACGAUGGCUCUUCCUACUCUAAAAUCGCAUCGGAUGUCAUCGCUCAUUACGAUGACGAAUGCAACAAGGCACGUUCCAUACUCAGGCGCGUGUAUUUCACCAACCUGUGGAGAGGGACAGCAACCGUAACUGCUGCGUGUAUAUUGCUACUGACUCUUAUCCAAACAGUGACUUCGAUCAUUGACAUUAUUAAGAAGUAA